AACCCAGCUGUGGUUCCUCAUGUCAUCCUCUCAACCCUUCUUGAACUCUUCACCAUUGACUGGGCCAGCUAGACGGAAAUCACGCUUCACUUAUAAGCAUCUCCAAACCCUCAGUCAAUCCUCUCCCACAUGUCCACUUCGCUGCAUCGCACUUAUCGACUAUGAUGCGUUCUACGCUCAGUGUGAGAUGGUCAGGCUUGGCGUGGCCGAAACCCAACCAUUGGCCGUUCAACAAUGGCAAGGCCUCAUCGCUAUCAAUUAUCCCGCUCGCGACUUCGGCCUCAAUCGCCAUGUCACGGUGACCGAGGCAAAGACAAAGUGUCCUGAUAUCAUUGUCCAGCACGUGGCCACAUGGCGAGAAGGCGACGACAAAUGGGCCUACCGCGACGACGCUGCAAAGCACAUUCAGACCGACAAGGUGUCCUUGGAUCCUUACCGCCUCGAGUCCAGAAAGAGUCUGAAGUUGAUCAAGGAGAUCCUUCCCCCGGCACCGCUUCAAAAGGUCGAGAAAGCCAGCAUCGACGAAGUCUUCUUAGACCUAUCGGCCCACAUUCAUCACAUUUUACUGGAAAGGUUCCCCGAGCUCGUUCACGCGCCUUAUGACGAUCCUACCGAGAACUUGCCUCUCCCACCUUCAACCGCGCUCGACUGGCAAGCAGAUGCCUUGAUUGAUCUCGAUUCGGCAGAAACCGAGGAUGACGACCCUGAUUGGGACGAUGUGGUUAUGAAUAUAGGAUCCGAGAUUGUCCGAGGUGUCCGUGCCAAAAUCUGGCAGGAUCUCAAGUAUACAUGUUCCGCAGGCAUUGCUCGGAAUAAAAUGAUGGCUAAGCUGGGCGCAGGGUACAAGAAGCCCAACCAGCAGACUAUUGUCCGCAACCGAGCAGUCCAGCAUUUCCUAUCGGGCUUCAAGUUCACUAAAAUCCGGAAUCUGGGUGGAAAGCUCGGGGAUCAAGUCGUGGAUGCCUUCAAUACCGACGAGGUCACCGAGCUCCUCAAAAUUCCAAUGGAGCAGAUGAGAUCUAAAUUCGGGGCUGACACGGGCACAUGGCUUCAUGAAAUCAUUCGAGGCGAGGACCACAGCGAAGUCAGUUCACGGACACAAAUCAAAUCUAUGCUGUCGGCCAAAUCAUUUCGGCCCAGCGUCAAUAGUACGGAACAGGCAAACAAGUGGUUGAGAAUCUUUUCUGCAGACAUCUAUGCACGAUUGGUGGAGGAAGGGGUGAUUGAAAACAAAAGACGACCCAAGACCAUUACCCUCCAUCACCGCCAAGGCGGGCAGACCAGAUCCAAACAACUUCCCAUCCCCCAAGGAAAGAAGAUUGAGGAAAGCACUCUUUUCGACCUCGCUAAGACUCUGCUGGGACAAGUGGUGGUGGAUGGUCGAGCUUGGCCGUGCGCGAAUCUGUCUCUGAGUGUGGGCGGCUUCGAGGAAGGUGUGGCGGGGAACAAGGGCAUUGAUCUGUUUCUGCUCAAGGGAGAGGAAGCCAAAGCUGCCCUGGACGUUCGAACAAGAAGUGGAACUGCUACCCCGGUUCGAGAUGACUACCCCGCGGAGAAACGCCGCCGCCUCGACGGGCCCCCUGGCAUCAGUAGAUUCUUCUCCAAAAGCGAAAGCACUGGAGAAGGCGAGGAGUUGUCGGCGGAUGAGACCGGGCACGACGACCAUGCAGCGCCCAACGAUGGUGCGACCGAGGAAGCUCUAGAUCACCGGGUUACCAGUCUCCGUCAAACGGAUGUGGCGUCGUAUUUUUGCAAGGACUGUCAGAAAUCGAUUGCUGAGACAGAUCGGACGGAACAUCAGGACUGGCAUUUUGCCAAAAGUCUCCAAGAGCACGAUGUCCCUUCUGUCCAGGCCAAGAUGCCAGCGAACAGUCGCCCACCCGGCUUAGGCAGCAGUAAAGGCAAGCGUGGCGGGAGCAGUAGCCGCGGGCGUGGUGGCAAGGCUGAGAAAGGUCAAAGUCGACUCGCAUUUGGAUAA